GCGUUUACCCAAAGAACCUCGUCUGUCUAUGUCCUUAGAUCAACACGGCUGCAAUCAACACCCCAAACCAUCUAGUGGGCAUAUCCCUGAGCUGCAUCUCUGCCCUCCUCUCAUUCGCAUACCAAGUUCCCUGUCUCAGGGCCUGGGUGUCAUUCCCUGGGCUGAGCUUAUCCCAAUGUCCAUCCACAUAGCAACAAGGAGGAGGAUGCUGGGGAGGGCCUGGACAUAGUGCUGGUAGGAGCAUCGCUGGGAGGCUGCAUCUCCUACUGAAUUUCAAUAAGAAAAGUGCAAAAAUAGGGGAGGGGCAAGAGAAGGGCCAUGGACAUGGGUUGUGACAAGGGGCCAGAGCAGCUCCAUCCAGAAGCGAGGGUGAUUUAGUCAUGAAAUAUCCAAGUGUCCUGGGAGGAGACGCUUGAUGCCGAGACUGGAUCUUCACUCUAGACCAAGAUCUAGCAUGGGUACAUUGGUGGGACCAGAGUUCAGACUGGGAAAGGUGCAGUGCAGGUGAACUAAGCACCAGAAGAGAUGCCCACUAGGUGUUGAGAAGCCAGGGGCUUUACAUCUAGGUGGCGUCUCUUUUUAAAAUGCUCCAUCCCACAUUGGACACGGGGCCAUCAAACCCAGUCCCCUGCAUUCCCAGGCAGCCAUCUGCCCAAGGAGCCCCCAGAUCCCUACUUUAAUCCCUCGCCCACAGCUACAUGGUGCAGUAGCUGAAACGCCAAGAGCAGCCUACAACUGGCCACAGGUAAAGAUGAGGCCAGUGCAGGUAUGUUGGGUUAGAUUGAGGAGCCCUAGGCAGGUCUCUCUGGCCUGGGUUCUGGAGGAGGUCAGAUAAAGUCAUUUCACAAUAGACCCUUGGUGGUCUAAAAUGCAAUCCAUGGUGCCAUGAGAGCAGGGAGUGUCCCAGCUGUAUCAGAGGUUGCCAAAGGAGAGCCCAAAUGCUAAGGAGAUGGGGGCAAGAGAAGGGUUUUAGAGCGAUCUCAGUCUAGACCAUCAGCUCUACAGCUGUCUGCUGGGAUGCUUUGUUGGAUCUGUUCCUAGGAAGAUCAGCAGCAGAGUAUCUUGGCUUGGAGUCUGCUCCCUGCCCUUACUUGGACAGUGCAAGAGCCAGCUGGGCAUCAGCUUCUAGCCUUGUCCCAUAGCUAAGAGUAUUCACAAGGGACUUGUAUGUAGGAACAAGAAACUACCCGAGGCACAUCCAGCUUCCAGGACAGACAUGAAUCACCUCUGUUUCCUGAUGGUGGGGAAUGCUAUCAGGUGCAUCUGGAGCUGUCCAGGGGGUGCCCACACAUGACCCCAGUCCAGCUUGGCUAGCAUCAAGGUGGCAAGUGUUUGGGGUCUUUAGCUCGCUGCUUUUGGAUAGAAGUUUCUUGAGAGGCAACGUAUGUGUGUGUAAGCCCAGGCCAUGCUUGGUGGGUACCAGUGAGUCCCUGGCAUAAGCAAAGAAAUGUGACCUAGGCAUAGCUCUGGGAAAUCAGGAGCAUCAGAUCUGGUGUCCCCUGCACCAGAUGGGCAGGGCUUUGCAUGGAAGCCUUGUAUUCCUCAGAGAUUUUUAAGGUAAAAUAUUUCUUCUGAAAUUGGCCUAUGUCCUUAAAGCGAGUACGAAAAAAAGGAAAUGGCCCUUGUAUGCACCAUGCAGGGUAUCUCCUUGUCAGCAUGUGUUGAUCAUCAGCGUGUACUUAAUGAUUUGUUUUGUUUUUUUAAAUGGAGAGUCGAGGAAUUCAGGCCUGUCUUCAAUUCAAGGGCAUCUUAUAGUUGAAGGAACAUGGCAAGCCCUGAAGGCCAGGGUUUCCAAAGCCCUUGGUACCCAGGGCACAGAGCUCUUCUGGAAAUCUAGCUCCAGCUGUUUGCCCUGGCAAAACAUCUGCCUUCGUUAACUACAUUUAAAGAGACAGAGCACGGUGGGUGAGCCUGAGCAUAUGCAAGGCGCUGACAAAGCUGGGAGUCGAUAUAUCCAGGAGACUGGCAGUUCAUGAGGAAGGGAAUUUGGAAUAGCUGUGGGGAGCUAGUUUGGACUGUAUGCCAUGCAAUAUUUUAUCACUGGGAAAAAGCUGCUUUUUUCUUGAAAUCUGAGCCUCUCUCCAGUCCCCAUCACAUCUAUCCCAUAUCUUUCUUUGCUAAAGCAGGGGCAGGGCCUUGCAGGGCUCUAGCAAGGUAUUUUUCAUGCAUUGUGCUGUUAUUUUUCAUUCCUUUCUAAAAUAACAGUGGAAACCAACAGGCUUCUCUGCCUAAAUGGUGCUUUUUUUCCCAUCCGUCAUGCGUCAGCUUGUUACUCUGAAUUGACUUGGUAGCUUUUGGCUGCUGGAGAGGAUGUGUGCGCAUGUGUGUCUGUGUUCAAAACACCGUGAGGACAUAAUCCUACAAGGUGUUUGUGAGGUUUGCAGGGUGCCACCUAAGCAACUGUGUUGGUGCAGUCAGUCUCAUGCUUGAAAAGGCAUGGACACCAGGGACCUGGGCCAGUGAUCUAGAUGACAUGGAAACCAGUAUGAACAGAGCCUGGUGCAGAGGUAGUCGUAUAGGCAUCGUGCACCGAUAGUCCUGUGUGAUACUUGGCGCUCAGUGGCACUCCAGGAUAGGUGAUGGCUGGUAUUGCAGACAGUCCUGGCUGUACGCCAACCGUUGGCUGUCGUCUUCCCAUCCACUCCUCAAGGGCCCAUUAGGGCCCCAAUCCUGCUCUCUGACCUGACCAGCAAACCCCUGCUGCAGAAGAGCACCCCCCUAUACUCUACUGCUGCCCCCCAUGGGCCCAAGCUACGAAGAGCUGUAUACCCCAAAAGGACCAUUAAUUUUGUUUGUCCAAGCAUGGACAUUUAGGGUCUGAUAUUUUUUUUAGCCCCGCAGCUGCUAAUUGACUUUCAUUGGAGCCUUGGCAUGUUUGAGCAUGAGGCGCUGGGUAUGUCUAGUUGGGCACUGAAAAUCAGAGCCCAUUAUGAAAGCAUGCCCCCACCUCCCCUACACAACUGGCCUGGUUGAGGCAUGCGGUUCCAGGCUCAGCUCUGUGAAGGGGAAACCCAAAUCUCGUGUUUCUCAGGAUGAUGAAACCAUUGAAGUGCUCAGGAAGUGCUGAGGCUGCCAGGCAUGGCUGAGUGCUUUCUGUUUUCCCCGUCCUGCUCCAUUUUGCAGCACAGCCUGAAUGAAAAGGGAAAGCAUUGCCCCAUCAGGGGUAACGUCAUGCUGGAAAUGCCGAGGAAGCAGGCGUGUUUUCAGGGGCCGAGUAACAGCCGGUGCUGCGAUUCGGCGCUGCCCAAGCGUGUCCCUGCUUGUGUGACUAGCAGCGUGGCAGAGAGCAGGGACUGGCAUCACCAGCCUGAGGAUGACGUGGGGGCAGCCCCUGCAACAAACCCAUGGGUGAUUUUUGCAACAGGCUGGCUUUGCUGAGGCCAGCACCAGGGAUGGACAACUUCACUGUGCCUGCGGGGGGGAAGAGCAACUGCACCUUCCACGAAGAGUUCAAGCAGAUCCUGCUGCCCGUGGUGUAUUCGGUGGUCUUCGUGGUGGGGCUCCCUCUCAACCUGGUCGUCAUCGGGCAGAUCUGGGUGUCCCGGAAGGCGCUGACCCGCACCACCAUCUACAUGCUGAACCUGGCCACGGCCGACCUGCUGUACGUGUGCUCGCUGCCCCUCCUCAUCUACAACUACACGCAGAAGGACUACUGGCCCUUCGGCGACUUCACCUGCAAGUUCGUGCGUUUCCAGUUCUACACCAACCUGCACGGCAGCAUCAUGUUCCUCACCUGCAUCAGCAUCCAGCGCUACAUGGGCAUCUGCCACCCACUCUCCACCUGGCACAAGAAGCGGGGCAAGAAGUUCACCUGGCUGGUGUGUGGCGUGGUGUGGCUCAUCGUGGUGGCCCUGUGCUUGCCCACCUUCUUCUUCGCCUCCACAGGCACCCAGAGGAACCGGACCGUGUGCUACGACCUGAGCCCGCCCGACCGCUCGGCCAGCUACUUCCCUUAUGGCAUCGCGCUGACAGCCAUGGGCUUCCUCAUGCCCUUCACCUCCAUCCUGGCAUGCUACUGCAGCAUGACGCGGAUCUUGUGCCAGAAGGAUGAGAUGAUCGGGCUGGCCGUGCGGCAGAAGAAGGACAAAGCUAUCCGCAUGAUCAUCAUCGUGGUCAUCGUCUUUGCCAUCAGCUUCUUCCCCUUCCACCUCACCAAGACCAUCUACCUGAUCGUCCGCUCCUCCCCCAGCGUGGACUGUGAGGUCCUGCAGGCCUUUGCCAUCCCCUACAAGUGCACCCGCCCCUUUGCCAGCAUGAACAGUGUCCUGGACCCCAUCCUCUUCUACUUCACCCAGCGCAAGUUUCGCGAGAGCACCCGGUACCUGCUGGACAAGAUGAGCUCCAAGUGGCGGCACGACCGGUGCAUCACCUAUGGGUCCUAGGCACCAAGGAGAGGGGAUAACUCAGAGGUCAAGAGGUUGUGGCUUCCAGGAGCCUGCAACGCCCAGCCACAGGGAGGGAAAGCAAGAGGCAGGGGCUGAUUCUCCUGGGUGCAAGGCUGGCAGCCGGGGGCUUCUGAACUCUAAUUGCUGCUAUCGCCUCAAUUCCCUCUCUGGCCACUUGUGCCUCAGUUUCCCCACCUGGGACAUGCAAAGCAUGCCUCUGUAUGGAAUAGGUGAUCCCCUACUGACCUUUCUUGUGGGGAGCGGAGUGGAGAGAGGAUCUGGAUAAGGCUGUGAUGAUGGAGAGCACCAGGAGCAGUUGGCUGUUGGUGUCCCCCAUGCAAUGUGAGCUAAAAGAGGCCCCUUGAGACAUGAAGGGAAGCAUGGCCAGGACUGUGCAUGGCAUGACGAGGGGCUCAAAGGCAGUAUUUGGGCCUACGACUCUCUCUCCACAAUGCACUGCAGCCCUGGGGCCCCUGCUGCGCGCAGUAGAUGGGCUGCUCAGUAUUAGCCCCCAGACUCUGAGGGACUGGUGGGUCCAUCCCUGUGGCCUCUGGAAGGCCGGCACCCACAUGCGGGGCUGGGGUUGUGAACCCUGCCAUGAUCCAGGAGGAUGAUCGUGGUCAGGGUGGGUCCGAUGCGUUUGGUCCAAUGAGUUUUGUUCUCAGCGAAGCAUUCAACCAGCUUGGAAGCCGGGUGUUUUGCAAGCCACUCUGGGCUUCACAGAGGUGCUCCAGCUUGCCCUGCAAACCGUCAGCUGCUUUACAAUGACAUAUGCACCAUGGGACAACUCCUUGGUUGUUUCUUCCCCGUGUCAAUGCCUGAUCCCUCUCAGUACUCAGCACCUGGUGAUGGGGGAGGUGGGCAAGGAGUAUUGUGGGCCUGGUUGGUGACCCCGCCAGUACAUCACUAACUCAUCUCAGCUUUCCUGAGCAGAACAUUGACUUAUAGACCCAAUGAAAACUUACAGCAAGAGGUCUCCUCAGAUCUCGGGAGUCUACUAAAGCAUCGGGAAGGCAGGAAAAGGAAGACUCUGAUGGGAGAAUAUUCAGUUUUAUUGAUGGAGAACAAUGAGGUCAAAAAGGAAACUGCCCAUUCAGAUCUCACUCUCUUGUAUUCUGCUCUGUUUCUUUUUAAGCCCUUUACAAUAUGGUUUUCCUAAGUUUCUAAUGUUUUAUUAACUACCUGGGCAGUUCUGGAAGGGGCCUGGGGUACCUGAUAUUAUUGGUAUUUCCACCACCCUCCACAGGGGGUUUAAUUUAUUGAUUUCACAGGAACUAGAACCCAGUAUUGGGUUUGUCUUAUUUUUUUUUUAAAAAAGAGUUCCCAAAAUGUUUGCAAUUCCUUUUUUGGCAUGUACAAGCGUAGCAUGUAUCCAUCGCCCCCCUAGUGGCUGUUCGUGGCAACGAUAAGUCUGCUUUUUAGCUUGCUCGUUGGCUUGUAAUACUCGGUUGUGCACUGAGUUAGCACAGGUACAUCUGCGGGUUGCUUUGGCCUGCUGGAGCUCUGUUUUGGUACUUGGAUACUGAAGAGCAUUCAAUUAUAGGGGAGGAUGGAAGAAGAAGGGACCACACCUGCCCAGAUGCAAUGGAGCGUGGUUGCAGAGGAAUUGGCUUGGGGUCACUGGCUUUGGGUAGCUCACAGCAGAGAUGUAUGUGGCCCUUUAUGGAUGUCACCUCUCCAUCACCCCCUGAGGCUACAUUGAACAUCAGUGUUAAAGUUGAUGAAGAUAUACAGAUCCCCCUAUUCUUUCAAGUCAGCUCUGUCCAUCCUACCAGGUCUUAAAAAUAGAAAUCACAGAGAAGUCAGGGUGGAAGAGACUUGCAGAGGUCAUCUAGUCCAAGCCCCUGCCUGAGGUAGGAUCAUCCCUUUCCACACCAGCCUAUACAAAUCCAUAACCUAAACUCUUUGUAAAACUACCAUCAGCUCUGACACAACACAGACAUCACACCCGAACCAGCCCCAGGUAAAGCAGGGGAACCAUGGCAGCCCAUGUCCUGCUUCUAUAAAAGUUAAUAUACCGUGUCACCCCCAGUGCUCCUACCAUAGCUGCUGGUUUUGGCCAGUCCUCCCAGGGUAGAAUUGGGAACAUCCUAGGCUGAUCACGGGAGCUGCUGCUGCAUAAGUGGAGGGGCACAGGCAGUGCUUAUGCCCCAUGCAGCGUAAAUAAUAUGCCCCAAGCAGCAAUAAAAGAUUGGACAGCUACUGGGGGGGAGCCAGACUGCAGCCCAGGUCAUUCCCAUGCCCCCCUUCCUCCCUUCCUCCCUGCUGCACGUUAUACUCACUUAAGCCUCUGCCCGUACAUUACAGUACGGACACAAUAUAAUAUGAAUAAUUGAAUAAUGAAUAACACAUACAUCCAGACCUUCCAGGCUGUAGCAGCGCAUUCAGGGAAGGCUACCUUAUAAUGCCUCAGCAGGUCAUAGAGUGCCUAGGGGGCCUGCACAGAGAGGCGUACCAGCAGCAAGGGUGGGCAAUGGAUUCUGGGAUGUCCUGUGGCUCACAGAGCUGGACGCCAGCCCGAUUUCCCCAAGCCGGUCCCUCAGGGGCAGGGUGGUGGGAACAUGGGCACUGCAAAAGGACUGUUGUGUGGAGGCGUUUACAGGGGAACAGCCGCAGGCCAAGCAAGGACUCCAGCAGGGUGAACCCGCUACCUGGGUCACUCGGCAGUGUGGUAUGCUGUGCAGGACACAGGUGACCAUGCCGCGCCUCCCCCAGCUCCCACCGGCUCACCUGCCUGCUAGGGUGGAGGCUGCUCUACUUAACCAGUGACCCAAGUACCCUCCUCAGCUCUGUCACUGACCUGCUGGGUGACCUUGGUCAUGUCCCUCCCCACUCUGCCUCCAGUUCCCAUCCCACCACACCUUUUCCAAGUCUUCUUUGCCUUGACUGAGGCCUUGUUGCACCUGUCCUGGUGGCAUGCUCCCUCCUACAGCACAGCUGGAGUACACAUCACAGCAGUCAAUGCUGGGGCUGGGGAAAGGGCCUGGAAAGGAGACUGGUGGACAUGUAGCCAUCAUUUCAGACUCUCCAGGCAGGCUUCUCCCUAGACACAGCUCACGCUCUGCUCACAAACAGCCUCUAACGCACCAAGCUGACAGCACAGGAGCAGUCAGUGGAGCUGGGAUACUGAGCUGACUGGGUGGGGGGAUCACCCUGGCACAGGGUGGUCGGUGGGGUUGGCAAGAGGCAGCACAAACAGCCUCACGCCCAACCGCGUGUUCAAGCUGUCACAUGGUUUUCCAACCCUGGGGCUCAUCACCUUUCAGCAGCCCUGCAGCAAAGCUGGGCUUUCUUCCACUGGUGGCAACCCAGGGGAACCCAGCGAUGCCAACUCAAAGCUCCUGGCAUGAAUGGAGUUGCAUCAGGGAGCACUGAAAGGGCUAAUACCUCUGAGACUCAGGCGAGCUGCAGCGAGCGGGUCCUGCCAGCUGGAAUUUUGACAGCAACCACAGCCCCAAAGCGGGAGAGAAAACCUUAUGGUGAGGUCAAUUUAAUAGGGCUGUUCAAGUCUAGAAGGUCGGGGCUGAGACCAAACCCAUCCCCACCCCAUCCCUGCUUGCUUCCUCCUUCUGAAGCAUUUCAUCGUAACCAAGCCUCUUGGUUUUGCAGGGGGCACGUCCGAACCAAAGCACGUAGUGAAACACCAUAAAGGUCACUGAACAAUUCAGGGCCCCCCCACAGCUCCACGCUGAGACUGCGGCACGGAGCAAAGUGGAUGCAAGGCAGGAAGCUGGCCUGGGGCCAUAGGGAGGAGGGCUGGGCUGAGCCAGCGUGGGGCCUGAGAAAGGUGUGUGACCCUCUUGGAGGACGGAUAAGCAGAUGGCAUUACUCUUAAGCAGAUGCACAUGGGGAGGUUGGUUUCCCCCUGGUUUUGGCUAUUGCACCAAGGGUGGAUUCAUUUUUCCACGUUCCAUGGUACAUUGCUCAGUUCCCCAGACCCAAAGCAGAGCAGACCUCAUUGAGUGGGCUGCAGAUUCCCCACCCCCUGGGCACCGUUCUCCCGUGGGGGGUUUAUUGAGCUCAUCUAGGCUCCCCUUUUUAAGAAAUCAUGGAGGGGAGGAGGAGUACAGCACAUACAAUCUAGCCCUGCCAGACAGUGAGCCUUAGAGAUCUGGAGUUCGUCAAAUAGGUUGAGGGCACAGGCAGCCAAACAUAUGUUCUAGUGACCCGGACAUUGCUUGUGCUCACCAAGAUAAAACUCUGGGAGUGGGAACAGAGAGAUGCACAGCUAUUCUGAGACAGCUCCUACAGUUGGUGGCUAUUAUGGUACUAGAUGGUGGAGAAGUACAUAAAGAACUUGGUUGUUUGGAGCAGCUGGUUACCCCGGGAUAGACAUGGACAGACCAACCCUAACCUGGUUUAACUUGCACUGGAAAAGUUUUACCUGUGAUUCUUUCAGGGUGACUUUUCAGGGGAUUGUGCACAAUUGUGCAGACACUUUAGGGGUCUGCACUGUGUCUGCUUCCUUUGCUGGUGUAACACUGACUGCUGCGGUGUAAGUGUUUCAUCUGUCCACUGUCUUUAACUGGACUUCUGACCCGGAAUAAAUUUGUCAUGCUCGAUCCAAAGCUGUCUGAAAUCAGCGGGAAUCUUUUCCUUUGACUUUAAGGGGGUUCAGAUGGAGCCCACGUGGAACAACAAAAUGCAGCUUUGGGGGUUUAAGCCUCUCUCUGCAGCAUCAAGGACUGGGGAGUGCUACAGAGCAGUCACCAGAUCUGAUGGGUGCUUGGACUUUCCCAGCUGGCAAUGGGCCAUAGCUGCAAACGUCAUGGCCUGUGACUCCGGGCCCCUCUCCGCUGCUGCCAAGUGAUUGCAUUUGCUGCAGCUGUGGCUGCUGCCGCCUUUUCAGUGUCACCCCCAGAGCUGUUGCCGUGCUCAAUAAAAGCAGUAUUAUUCGGUACCUCCGGCCCUGCUGUGGCUGUGGUCUGGCUGCUGGAGGCACUUUCAGGUACUGAGGGAAUCGCUGGGUGCACAGGGUUGUAUUUCAUGGGUCUCUGGUGACCCGUUCAUCUCUCAUGUUGACUGCAAGAAGCCCACUGCACCAUCCCCACAGAUGGGUAUCUCAGUGGCUCUGUCGCCCCUAGUCACUUUGCUGGCCCUGUGCGGAUGGCAGAGGCAUAAGUCAAUGCCUGCUUGUAAGAUAUCAUAUUGUAGCCCUGACAGGUGAUAAAUUAUUGUCUUGCCCUUGGAAAUCACAAUAAAAUGGAAGAUGCUGCCCAUUAGUGGGAAUGUCA